AUGUCGACAAGCAGAGAUGUGGAUAUUAUUCAAGUGAGCGUUGAAAAUGAAGAAUUACUUGCACAAGUGAAACGUACAGAAACUGUUGCUAAAGGAAAGUGUAUUGUACCAAAAUGGCUUCCUCCUAUUUUGAUUAUUGUUUUGAUUCUUACAAUACUCGGUGCCGCAUUUGCUAUGGGUUAUUUUAUAUCAUAUCCACGAAAAUCUAUUAAACCAUUAAAAUUGUAUAAUGAAAGUUGUACCGUUUUAAGUGGAGAAUGUGAUGAUAGUCGAGGAUUAUAUUGUCCUUCAGGUCGAUGUAUAUGUGAAACAGUGAAUUCAUAUUAUAAUGGUAGUAGUUGUAUUUGUCCAAAUUUAACACAUGUUGCUAACCAAGCAUGUGUUGCUGAUCCUUUUUAUGGUCAAACAUGUAGUCCACCAACAAUAUAUUGUAUUUCAAAUUUUAUAUGUAGUACAGCAGGUGUAUGUACAUGCAAUGCAACAACACAAUUUUUCAAUGAAUCAUAUUGUAUAACACAAUAUGUAUAUAAUGCUUCUUGUACAGAAACACGUCAUUGUUCCAAUACGUCAAAUUUAUAUUGUUUAUCAAAUCGAUGUGCAUGUGUGUCAAAUUAUUAUUGGAAUGGAUCUUCUUGUGUGCCGAAAAAACUCGGUUGGCAAACAUGUAAUAAUGUAACAACGGGUGCUAGUGCUUUACCAUGUGAUGAUACAUUAAGUCUUUAUUGUUAUUCCAAUAGUACAUGUCAGUGUCCUAAUACAAUGUAUUGGGAUAUUAAUUAUCAACAAUGUGAAACCAAACGUCUCUAUGGAGAUAUUUGUAAUGCUGAUUUUUAUUGUAAUGAAACACUAAAUUUUAUUUGUCCAACACUACCAGGAACAUGUAAUUGCCCAGCUUGGAGUAAUGAUUAUACAUGUGAUUGUCAACCAAAUUGGUUUUAUGAUGGUUUACAAUGUAUUCAAAGAAAGAGUAUUAAUGGAACAUGUCUUGGUACUUAUGCAUGCGAUAGAAACACACCACUUGUCUGCUUUUCAGGUCUUUGUCUUUGUCCAACACCAACAACAUGGACUGGUUCUAAUUGUACAUGUUCAAGUGGUCAGACUUGGACUGGUAGUACUUGUGUUGUUGUUGGAUAA